GGGCUACCCUUCGUCAUUAAUUGUUUAUCUGAUAAUCCGAUAUGUUCAUAAGAACAGAAUUAUGGAAAUCAUGGAAUAUUUUGAUUCUCUGCUGGCGUCUCAAGAUCAUCUUAUUUCAGAUAUAAGAGCAAAAUACUACUUGAAAAACUCGAAGCUGAUAUACAUGAUUGGAAGAACCUACAUCGUUAGUUUUUCGAUCUGUGCUGUAAUUAUAACGAUGUUUCAGGCAUACUAUUCCGCCAACAACCUCCCAUUAUUCUACUCUAUUCCUGGAAUUCCCAGAGAAAGCAUCUUCUUCUAUCCAGUGAACCUUAUUUACCAACUUCCUACUUUCUGGAUUGUUUAUGAAAUGUAUUUGACAUCAGAUAUCAUUCUCGUUUCCCUAAUAAUAUACUUCGAUGCGGAAAUGAUGUCAAUUGCAGAUCUCAUCGCAACAAUGAAUACUCCAAACUUAUCCGAAAGUGAACUGGGUUUAAUCUUGAAGAAAACAUUGGAAACUCACGUUGUCCUGACAAAAUUCGCUGAAGAUCUGAAAGCACUCUUGUGGCAUUGUUAUCUUAUCAAACUGUUCAUGGUUACUUUUCUCUUAAUCUCUGGAAUGUUCUUGAUUCAGAUUGACGUCAAUUGGUUUAUCCCAGCUGUGCUUAUAAUCCUUGUUGGAAUUAUAAAUUGCUUUAUAAUGUGCUUCCUUGGUCAGUUCCUCUUGGACGGAUCGGAACUGAUGUCGGAAAGUCUUUACAUGAUGAAAUGGCACGAAAUGAAGACAAGCGACCAAAAGGCUCUUCUGAUGCUCAUGAUCAGUUUUGACAGACAUCUCAAAGUGGAGACUUUCGGCUUCGGUACAAUCAACUACAAUACUUUCGUCCAAAUCUGCAAGGCUUCAUUUUCUUACGCUACCAUUUUUUACGCGCUCCUCAAGUAACCCUUGAACACUUGCAAUAUGCGGGAGGUUUUAUAAUGUUGCAAAGUUGUAUGAGCAUUUGAAUAAAACACGCUUUUAAUGU